UCUAAGAGUAUUACUCUAACCCUUGCACUAGGCAUUGCCAUAGUACGUGCGGGCAUUGUUGCCAUUUUUCUAGGUUGUUUGGUGAUCUUUUCGAUCAGACAGCGGAAGAAAAAAAGACUUGCCAAGGAAUCUCAAAGGAUUAAGAGAGGAUACUUUACAAGUAAUUUAAUGGUCUGCUGGAAAAGAGAUGCAAAGAAUGAUCGCUUUAAAACUGAGGAAAUCAUAAAGAAGUAUGGAUCAAUGGCCCCAAAGCGAUAUACUUAUUCAGAUGUGAAGAAAUUGACCAACUCAUUGAAAGAAAAAGUUGGACAAGGAGGAUAUGGUGUUGUAUACAAAGGGAAGCUACCUGAUGGGCGUAUGGUGGCAGUAAAAAUCCUAAGCGCAUCCAAAGGUAAUGGAGAAGAAUUUAUCAACGAAGUGGCUAGCAUUAGUGGAACAUCCCAUGUUAAUAUAGUCACUCUUUUAGGUUUUUGCUACGAGAGGACUAAAAGAGCUCUAAUCUAUGAAUUCAUGCCAAAUGGAUCUCUUGAUAAGUUCAUAUAUGAUAAAGGAUCUCCAAUUACAAAUUGUUACUUAGACAGCAAGACUAUGUUCCAAAUUGCGGUUGGCAUUGCUCGAGGACUAGAAUACUUGCACCGUGGAUGUAACACAAGGAUCUUACAUUUUGACAUAAAACCACAUAAUAUACUUUUGGAUGAGGAUUUGUGCCCAAAAAUCUCUGAUUUUGGCCUUGCUAAAUUAUGCAAAACAAAAGAGAGUAUUGUGUCAAUGACGGGCAUGAGAGGGACUGCAGGAUUUAUUGCACCAGAAGUAUUUAGUCGAAGCUUUGGUGGAGUCUCUCACAAGUCUGACGUUUACAGUUACGGAAUGUUGGUUCUUGAAAUGGUUAAAGGAAGGGAAAAUUUUGAUGGUGAACUCUCUCAUACCAGAGAGACAUAUUUUCCACAUUGGAUUUAUACGAAACUUGAACAGGGCAAAAAUUCUAAUACUUUUGAGAAUAUAAUAGAAGUGGCAGAAGAUGAGACAACAAAAAAGAUGAUAAUAGUUAGUUUGUGGUGCAUUCAGACCAAUCCUUCAAAUCGGCCAUCAAUUGGUAAGGCAAUAGAGAUGUUAGAAGGAUCCCUUCAAGCCUUACCAUUUCCACCAAAGCCUUUCUUGGAUUCACCUACCAGGUCACCUUAAGAUUCUUUCGUGACUUGAUAGUCGUAAAAAUCCAACAUUUCAAAUCUGUCCAAUUG